GACUGUCAGCAUUACUGUCAGACACACACAGAACCAGAUGGAGCACAGAGAGGAGGCUGAUGGUGAAACCAGACUUUUAUAAAGGUCUACAGGUCUGGCUUCAAAAUCCUUCUAAUCUGAUCCUGAGGAGUUAAGUUCUGACUUUGAGAGAGAGGAACGGGGCACUUCCUCUAAAAUGAGUCUAUCUGGGGAGAGAGAGGAGGAGGGCCCUGCCUCUAAAAGGAGUCUCUCAGGGGAACAUGACAUGGACACCAAAGCUAAGAGCCCAAUCCAGCAGAGAUCAGCCUCACCUGUACCAAGCUGUGUGUCCAUGAAGAGUGACAGGUCUAUGGAACCACCUCUCAAGUUCAGUGAUGAAGGAGGACCUUCUAAUGAGGAAGGGAUGAGACAGCAGAGACCAGCCUCACCUGUACCCAGCUGUGUGUCCAUGAAGAGUGACAGGUCUAUGUAUCGACCUAUCACAUUCAGUGAUGGAGGAGGACCUUCUAAUGAGGAAGGGAUGAGACAGCAGAGACCCGCCUCACCUCUACCCAGCUGUGUGUCCAUGAAGAGUGACAGGUCUAUGGAUCGACCUAUCACAUUCAGUGAUGGAGGAGGACCUUCUAAUGAGGAAGGAGAUCAACAGGAGAAGUCUGACUCAGACCAGAGUCACCAUGAGGACUUGUCCUCCAUAUUCACAGUGCUUGAGGAGACUGUUAUCAAGUUUGUGAAGAAAGAGCUGAAGAGGAUGAAGAGGAUUCUGAGUUCAGAUUUCCCAGAAGGCUUAGAGAGUCAGAGGGAGGACCAGGAAGUGGUGGACCCUGAAUAUCAGAAGCAGGAGAGCAGUGCCAGAGAGGGAGCUCUGAAGAUCACACUGCACGUCCUGAGGAACAUGAACCAGAAGGAGCUGGCUGACACUCUGGAGAAAAAUGAGCUUGCUGAGAUUUGUCGACAGAAACUCAAAUCUGAACUAAAGAAGAAGUUUGAAAAUGUGUUUGAGGGCAUAGCUAAACAAGGACACCCAACUCUUCUCAAUAAUAUCUACACAGAUCUCUACAUCACAGAGGGUGAGAGUGGAGAGGUCAUUAAAGAACAUGAGGUGAGACAGAUUGAGACAGCAUCCAGGAAAUCAGCAAGACCAGAAACAGCCAUCACAUGCAACAACAUCUUUAAACCCUCAGCUGGACGAGACACACCUAUCAGAAUUGUUCUGACAAAAGGAGUUGCUGGCAUCGGAAAAACUGUCUCUGUGCAGAAGUUCAUCACGGACUGGGCUCAAGGACUAGCCAAUCAGGAAAUCCAGUUCAUCUUUCCUCUGCCGUUUCGAGAGCUGAAUUUGUUGGCUGGAGAAGAGUUCAGUCUGAUGGAACUUGUCCAUCACUUCUUCUCAGAAACAAGAGAAUCAGGAAUCUCCAUCUACGACAAGUACAACGUUCUGUUUGUCUUUGACGGUCUGGAUGAAUGUCGACUGCCCUUAGCCUUCAAAAAGAACAAGAGCUGGUGUGAUGUCACAGAGUCCACCUCAGUGGAUGUUCUGCUGACCAACCUGAUCAGAGGAAAGCUGCUUCCCUCUGCUCUCAUCUGGAUCACCACUCGACCUGCAGCAGCCAAUCAGAUCCCUUCUGAGUGUGUUGACCUGGUGACAGAGGUACGAGGGUUCAAUGACCCACAGAAGGAUGAGUACAUCAUGAAGAGAUGCAGUGAUGAGAUCCUGGCCGGGAGAAUCAUCUCACACAUCAAGACAUCAAGGACUCUCUACAUCAUGUGCCACAUACCAGUCUUCUCUUGGAUUACUGUUACAGUCCUUGAACACAUGCUGAGAACAGAGAAGAAAGAGAAGAUGCCCAAGACCCUGACUGAGAUGUACACAACCUUCCUGGUGUUACAGACCAAACAGAAGAAGGUGAAGUAUGCUGGGAAAGCUGAGACAGAUCCACACUGGGAUGUAGAGAGCAUUCAGAGUAUUCAGUCACUGGGAAAACUGGCCUUCCACCAGCUAGAGAAAGGCAACCUGAUUUUCUAUGAGAAAGACCUGACAGAGUGUGGCAUUGAUGUCCGUGAUGCCUCAGUGGACUCAGGAGUGUUCACACAGAUCUUCAGACAGGAUGGUAAAGCCUUCCAGGAGAAGGUGUUCUGCUUUGUCCAUCUGAGCUUUCAGGAGUUUCUGGCUGCUGUGUUUGUGUUUCUCUCAUUCAUCAACAACCAGCAGAAUCUGAUGUCUGAGACUCCAUUAGCUUCCAGUUCCAACAAACUGUUGGCUCUUUUCAAAAAGAAACCAGAAGUCCGAUUCUACAAGAGUGCUGUGGACAAGGCCUUGCAGAGUAAGAAUGGACAGCUGGACCUUUUCCUCCGCUUCCUCCUGGGCCUCUCAAUGGAGUCCAACCAGACUCACUUACGAGGCCUACUGACUCAGAAAAGUAACAAGACAGAGAGCCAUGAGGAAACAGUCAAGUACAUCAAGGAGAAGAUCAGAGAGGAUCCCUCUGCAGAGAGAUGCAUGAAUCUGUUCCACUGUCUGAAUGAACUGAAUGACCAUUCUCUGGUGGAGGAGAUCCAACACUACCUGAGCUCAGGAAGUCUCUCCAGUGAGAAGAAGCUCUCAUCAACACAGUGGUCAGCUCUGGUCUUUGUGUUGCUGACUUCAGAAGAGAAGAUGGACGUGUUUGACCUGAAGAUAUACUCCAGAUCAGAGAAAGGUCUUCUGAGUCUGCUGCCAGUGGUCAAAGACUCCAAAACUGCUCUGCUGAAUGACUGUAACCUCUCAGAACGGUGCUGUGAAGCGCUGGCCUCAGCUCUCCCCUCCUCAGAUCUGACAGAGCUGGACUUGAGUAACAACAACCUGGGGGAUUCAGGCAUUAAGCUGCUCUCUGCUGGACUGGGGAAUCCACUCUGCAAGCUGGAGACACUGAGGCUGUCAGGCUGUCACAUCACAGAGGAAGGCUGUGCUUCUCUGAGCUCAGCUCUAACGUCAGCCUCCUUCCUGAGACAACUGGAGCUAAGUAACAAUGAUCUGAAGGAUGCCGGCAUGAAGCUGCUCUCUGCUGGACUGGGGAAUCCACUCUGCAAGCUGGAGACACUGAGGUUGUCAGGCUGUCAGAUCACAGAAGAAGGCUGUGCUUCUCUGGGUUCAGCUCUGAAGUCAAACCCCUCCCUUCUGAGAGAUCUGGAUCUAAGCAACAGUGACCUGAGGGAUUCAGGCAUGAAGCUGCUCUCUGCUGGACUGGGGAAUCCACUCUGCAAACUGGAGACACUGAGGUCUGUAAUCAUGUUCAGGGACAAGUAAUAGUUACACAUUCAA